ACACCAAAUUCACCAUGAUUGAAGACAAUAAGGAAAAUAAAGACCAUUCCUUAGAAAGAGGGAGAGCAACCCUCAUUUUUUCCUUGAAGAAUGAAGUUGGUGGACUCAUAAAAGCCCUGAAAAUUUUCCAGGAGAAGCAUGUGAACCUGUUACAUAUCGAGUCUCGGAAAUCAAAGAGAAGAAACUCAGAAUUUGAGAUUUUUGUGGACUGUGAUAUCAACAGAGAACAGUUGAAUGACAUUUUUCAUCUGUUGAAGUCCCAUACUAACGUUCUCUCUGUGAAUCCACCAGAUAAUUUUACUGUGAAGGAAGAUGGUAUGGAAACUGUUCCUUGGUUUCCAAAGAAGGUUUCUGACCUGGACCAUUGUGCCAACAGAGUUCUGAUGUAUGGAUCUGAACUGGAUGCCGAUCAUCCUGGCUUCAAAGACAAUGUUUACCGUAAAAGACGGAAAUAUUUUGCAGACUUGGCUAUGAACUAUAAACAUGGAGACCCCAUUCCCAAAGUUGAAUUCACUGAAGAGGAGAUUAAGACCUGGGGAACUGUGUUCCGAGAGCUCAACAAACUUUACCCAACCCAUGCCUGCAGAGAGUAUCUCAAAAACUUACCUUUGCUUUCUAAAUAUUGUGGAUACCGGGAAGAUAAUAUCCCCCAAUUGGAAGAUGUCUCAAACUUUUUAAAAGAGCGCACUGGUUUUUCCAUCCGUCCCGUGGCUGGUUACCUGUCACCAAGAGAUUUCUUAUCAGGUUUAGCCUUCCGGGUUUUCCACUGCACACAGUACGUGAGACACAGUUCUGACCCUCUCUAUACCCCAGAGCCAGAUACUUGCCAUGAGCUCUUAGGUCAUGUCCCCCUUUUGGCUGAACCUAGUUUUGCUCAGUUCUCCCAAGAAAUUGGCCUGGCUUCCCUUGGAGCUUCAGAGGAGUCUGUUCAAAAACUCGCAACGUGCUACUUUUUCACUGUGGAGUUUGGUCUCUGUAAGCAAGACGGGCAGCUGCGAGUCUUUGGUGCGGGGUUACUUUCUUCUAUCAGUGAACUUAAGCAUUCACUUUCUGGACAUGCUAAAGUAAAGCCCUUUGAUCCCAAGAUUACCUGCAAACAGGAGUGUCUCAUCACAACUUUUCAGGAUGUCUACUUUGUAUCUGAAAGCUUUGAAGAUGCAAAGGAGAAGAUGAGAGAAUUUACCAAAACAAUUAAGCGUCCAUUUGGAGUGAAGUACAAUCCAUACACACGGAGUGUUCAGAUCUUGAAAGACACCAAGAGCAUAACCAGCGCCAUGAACGAGCUGCAGCAUGAUCUUGAUGUCGUCAGUGAUGCCCUUGCGAAGGUCAGCAGACAGCCGAUCAGCUGAUCCUGAGAAGGUCUGAGCACCAAUUCUGAGGCCUGUGGGCCAGCUCCUGCUUUUCUUGAAGACCUGCUUGUGGAGGGACAGCAGCCAAACGAUAUUCUCCACUCCUAUUCCUUAAUCAGUUCUUUGAAAAUUCGCCCCUGAAUACUCUAUUCCACUACCUAUUAUGGUUGGAGGGUAACAGCUUUAGUGAAAUAUGAUUCGUAUACGUUAUAAUUCACUGACCCCUUGUUUUUUUAUAGAGAAUUUUUUUCACCCCAGAGAGAUCUCAUACCAGUUUGAUUCUCUUUUCCCUAAUCCUUCUUGAAUAAAAUGACCUUUACGAUCACUUAAAAUACCUGGAAGGGUAUUAUGGACCUGACCCAUACUGCUACCUAAGAUCCUCUUACUUCCAAAGUAUCUUACUUAUCUUUGGCUUUGUGCCAACCUUGAUCACAUUCACAGCCCUAAAUUUAAUAGGAGACCAGCUUUUUCCACUUCUAGUGUGGGCAGGAGUAUAGAGGUCUUUGUAUGUGAAGCCUACCUUGUAAAGAGGAAGUAGUCUAGUUUCCAUGUGUGGUAUCUUGUAGGGAAGUGUGAGUAGCUAAAUCUGGAAAGGUUGGUUGGGGUAUAAUCAUCAAGCCCAGGCUAAUAAUUUGGGACUUUAUUUGGUAGGGAACUAGGGAGUCCCUUCCCAAGUGACCAUCCUCCUUGAGUGAGACCCUUUGCUUUCUAAGGCACUGCAUGAUGCUGGUUUUGUUUUAGAUGAUCUCUUAUACUCAUGGGGCCAAGGGGAACUUCGGGGUACCAUACAAGGCCCUAUACUUACACAUGCAGAGUAUUGUGAUGGGAUUUGUCCUCAGGUUAGCAGGAGAUGUCAUUGUCAAAUGGAGAGUUCAAACUGAGACAGAUGAAAGAAACGCAAAGUUAAGGUUGGGAAAGCAACACUGAGCACUUCAUUUCCAAGGUAUAGGUGAGGUCAUAAAUAUGGAGGCAAGGUAUAGGGGGUAGAGGGUGGGGAAAUGGGUGAGGAAAUGGGACAUAAGAAAAGUGAAGAAGACCAUUUUAGGUCUGACACCCAAAAUGUAAGGGUGGCAAGGACUGGUUUGUAUGUGCUGUUAGGUAUGUAGGACAGGGAAUGGGCCUGUUAGAAGAGGAUGAAGCUGGACUUGUGAAUAUGUGCUGUGUCUUUUCCAUUUGCCCCUUUUCUCCUCCCCACCUUUCCCUCCGGUUUCUGUCUUUGGCCCUCUUCUCUCUCUGCCAUCUCUUUAUGAGAAAUGGCAUCCACAUCUCUGACUUCAAUUCUUUUUUUUUUUUUUUUUCUUUAAGAUCUAUUUAUUUAUUUUAGAAGGUGGCAAGGGACAGAGGGAGAGAGAGUCCUAAGCAGACUCUGCACUGAGUGUGGAGCCUGAUAUAGGACUUGAUCUCACAACCCUGAGAUCAGGACCUGAUCCAAAACCAAGAGUUGGAUGCUCAACCUGCACCACCCAAGUUCCCCCAUGACUUCAAUUCUUGUUUUCUGUGACUUCCAUAUUUGCAUUUCUAACCUUGACAUCUUUCUUGAAUUUUUGCAUCUUAAGUCCAGCUGCCUGCUGGAUAUUUUCCAUCUAGAUAUACUAUAAAUCAGGCCAAUGUUGUACAACUUCUUAUAGUACCAUUUACAUAGAAUGAAAUGGGUUAGUACAACAUGGUAGCCCUGACAAGUAUCUCAAACUCAAAAGGUUAAAAAAAUCCACAAAGAAAAACCUUAGAAUCAUCUGAAUAUGACACCCCAUCAGCUUCCUCUCCCAGUGAUGUAAUUUCUGUUAAUAAUAUAUUAAGGGUCAUAUUUUCCACCAAGAUUUCAUUCUUAAUCAGCUACUUAAAAAACUGUGUCUUUACUCUCCCCCCAUGAAUAGUCAAAUUGUAUAGCAUUUAACAUAUUUUAUUUCAACAGAGCUCUAGAUCUUUUAAUCAUUUUUAGACCUCAAAUUAUAAAAAACUUUAUCAUACAAUGAAAUAGAAUUGGGAAGAGUAAUUCAUGCUAUUUCAGAUUUAUACAUAUAAUUUUAUUUAAGUAUAACUAUUAAUACACCUUUGAUAGCAAUUGAUCUAAGUUAGCUAAUCUAAAAUCAUUUGAAAUACUGAUCCGCUAGUUUUUUAGUUGGUGUAUCUGGUUGCAAAGAAAUCUAUUGUAAGAAAACCAUGAUAGAUAACAGUUAACAGCAAUUUAUAGAUACUAUAUCUGGUUAUUUUCAUACAACUUUGAUCAUAGAUAUUGAAUUUUAAAAUUAUGGUGUUUAAAACCACUCUAUAACUAAAGCACACUAAAAUGAAUGUUAAAGCACAAUCAUUAUUAUUCAUAACUUCAGGAUAAUGGAAAUAUUUAAUGAUUGAUUUCAGUUCUUCUAACCUCUGGAUAUGUGAUAAUUGGUAAAUCAGGAGUCCUGAGAGUUUUCAUGCGUUUUAAAAAUAUAUCUUCAAAGCACCUAAGAAUAUAUUAAUAUUUACUCCAAUAUGAGAACAGAAUUGAGCCAAAAGUUUGGUUUAUA